ACUCGCGCAGGGUCAGAGACGUCAUGAGCGUCUUGCUGCCCAACAUGGCGGACUUUGAUACCAUUUAUGAGUUAGAAGAAGAAGACGAGAGAAUAGUGAGUGAAGAGCACCUCGCCAGAUAUUGCCCCGAACCUGUGAUAAUGCGAGGGGCCGGCCACAUCACUGUGUUUGGACUUAGCAACAAAUUUGACACAGAAUUCCCAUCUGUUCUUACAGGAAAGGUCGCUCCAGAGGAGUUCAAAACGAGCAUAAACCGAGUGAACGCUUGCCUGAAGAAGAACCUACCAGUCAAUGUGAAAUGGCUACUGUGCGGAUGCUUGUGCUGUUGCUGUACCGUGGGCUGCAGUCUGUGGCCUGUCAUAUGCCUCAACAAGAGGACACGAAGAUCCAUUCAGAAAUUGUUAGAAUGGGAAAACAACCGAUUAUAUCACAAGCUGGGACUGCACUGGAAACUCAGCAGAAGAAAAUGUGAGAGUAAUAACAUGAUGGAAUAUGUGAUUCUUAUAGAAUUCUUACCCAAAUAUCCUAUAUUCCGACCGGACUAAGAGCACUGCAGAGGGAUGCUGGUGAAUGGCUCUCACUCCGCUCCUUACAUAGUGCCUUGUAUAUAAAGUUGGAUUGAGGGUCUUCACAGGUGUCUCUGCGUGACCCCCCCCCCCUUUUUUUCCUCCUCCCCCUCUCAGUACCUUGUACAGUAGAGUUCAUAACACUGUCACUUUGCUUUAGAGCAGAUUUUGCACAUUUCCAGAUAUAGUAGAAACACGCCUGUGUUGCACCCAGAUGUUUUUUUGUUACAUAAAAUAAACAAUACUGUUUAAAAGUGCAUUUAUCCCAAGAGCCAUCCAUCCUUCUCACCUCCUACAUGUAACAUUGUUGAUAAAAUCAAGGCACCUCAAGGUGUGUAUUUGCCUUAUGAUAAAAGUAAAACGGAGGUGUAUGUGUGGGAUGCAGAAUGGUAUAGAACGUGUAGUUUCAGGUGAAGUGAAAUGUCGCUUUGCUUUAGAGCAAAUCUUGCACGUUUCCUGACGUAGUGGCUCAAAAGCAGAACGAAAAGGUUCAGGUUUCUUCUGUGCUAGUGGAAUGGGUAGGGAAUUUAAAGUAGCUAAAAUGUUUGUCAGUAUGGAUUUUUUUUUUCUGUCUGCACUUUGGUGAUGGUCCUCUAAACGGGCAAGUUAAAGAAACAGAUCACUGAAUAUGAUUUUGGACAAGAUGUACAGCCUAGUAUUUCAUGUUUACAUAAUGUAAUUUAGCUGGCAAUUAGUUUUCUGCCAAUCUAUUAUUGUAACAUAGUUUUGUUUAUAAACUGCAUCUCUGUAACUUUCCAGUCUAUAUGGACCCGUUUACCAAGAAAGCCAUAAAACGUAUGUACAACAUGCCAGUCAAAGUGAGGGCUGAAAAUUGCACUUGAGCACACGAGGGCAUCAGGCUUUCAGUUGAUUUGUCCCUGAGGUGUUUAUUUUUCGUAGUGAAAGGAUAAUGUUGGAUUAUUAAAGUCGAUUUUGCCAAUCAAGCUUUAUUAAGAGUAUUCCAUGUCAUUUAUUUCAAAGUGAGUUUCAUCUUGUAUGUACCUAGAAACAUUGUUUUGUAGUUUCCUCCCUCUUGCUUUCUUAUAUUUAAGCUUCAAAUCAUCAUAUUGCUGUUUUUGGAGAAGUCCGUACGCUGUUCUACAGAUGCAGAAAUGCGGACUUUCACGUUCCUUCUCCAUGUGUAUCCUGAUUCUCUUUUGUUAAGACUGCCUUGUUUUUCUUCAUUUUUCUAACACGUCAGCCUGUUGGAUUAGAGUGCCUCUUGAACUGAGCAGAAUGUUUGGCGAGAGCUGUACUAAAAGACACUUAAACUUUGCCUAAUUCUUUGGAGAGAGAGAAAUUUCUCAGCGUUCUACUGCAGAGCGCCUCUCAGUGUCCUAUUACAGAGGCCCUGUAAAUGUUUCUCUUUAUUUCUGUGGAAAGCAUAAAUAAAUUGUUGAUUAUAA